GUGGUUAGUUGUGGUUGAACAUUCGUCGGGCGAGUAGCACAAAUAAUUUAACGUCUGAAUUAUUGCCAAACAUACACGUGUGUUGAUUGGUAACGUAAUAAGAGUGUUUUUGUUAUGAAAUUGAAACGUUUUUUUUCUUUUUGUCGUGGUGUAUAUACAUAACAUAUAACAUACGCUUCGGUUGGCUCGAUUGAAAAUGUUCUUAUGCUUGAAAAGUGAAUGAACUGCAUCUGUGUUACACAGCCACUAGUUUUCCAUAAACAAAGUCCAGAACAAGUUUUUUUGUUAGCAAAUUUAUUUUUUUUUUGUAUAAUUGUGUGACCUCGAUGGUUGCACAAGUGGUUUGAUUCCGAAUUUACGGAGAAUUGAGACGCAUUUCCACAUCGUCUUUCGCUUUUAUUUCGCUUUUAUUUCGCUCCAAGUGUUUUAACAUCUUGUUUUUUUUUCGCGAGGCAUAAAUUUGUUAAUUGAAUUUCGUUGGACAUAAGAUCGCAUUUAUGCAAUCACAUUCAAGGCGAAAAUUGGAAAUCUAAAAAUUUUGUUUACAAAAAAUGUAAUAUUUCAGAUGUUCAUCUGUAUAAUAGAGAUAGACCCACCGUUCGUUGUGUAUUAUUAUUCAAAUUAACUUUUUAACCAGCGAGAAGUAAUCGCCGUGUAAUGUUGAAGAAAGAAGUCAGAGAGCCAUUCAAUAAACACGAAAACCCACUGCCUUCGAGAUUUUGAAAAUAUAAAAACUGGUUUUGGACUUAACGUUUGAUUAAAAUUCUUGAUUUCGUCUUAUUAUAUUUAGCACGAUAUAAAUAUUACGACAACAAAGACUCUCAAUUGAACAUUCAAUAAAAAACAAAUCAUCAUCAACACCAAAUUCAUCUUACUCACUUCAUUUAAGUGAGCACUUUUUUACAUAGUCACACAGAGUAAUUUCAUCAUAACGAAAAUGAGGGAAUUCACAAUGUUGUCCAAUAUGGAAGAUUUGCCGUCAAUUCAAAUUGGCGAUGAUAUUUUACGGUUCGAGCUGAAUUCAUUGUCGGAUUUCGGACGACAAAUUGCACAGAAAGAAUUGCGCGAGUCAAAUGAAAUCAAAACGAAAGCUUUGGAAGAUUUGAGAGAGCUGCUGAAAGAGGAAAAAGAUUUAUUGGUGCCAUUUGACAACAACGAAUGGCUGGUACGAUUUCUUCGACCAUGCAAAUUUUAUCCAGAUAGUGCACGCGACUUGAUUAAACGCUACUAUCACUUCAAAGUCAAACAUGCUGACAUCUACAAUGGCCUGAAGCCAUCCAAAGAAGCAAACAUUUUCCAAUCAAAUAUUUUAGUCGUAUUUCCGAACAGAGAUCAAUUGGGACGACGAAUACUCGUCAUCGAGCUAGGAAAAAAAUGGAAGCACAAAGAAGUCAGCCUGGAUGAGGUAUUCAAAGGAUGUGUCAUUUUCCUUGAAGCGGCCAUGAUCGAACCGGAAACCCAAGUGCAUGGCGCUGUGGUCGUUUUCGAUAUGGACGGUUUAUCGUUGCAACAGACAUGGCAAUUUACUCCACAAUUUGCUAAACGGAUCGUUGACUGGCUGCAAGACGCCGUUCCACUUCGCAUAAAAGCUAUUCAUAUCGUCAAUCAACCGAAAAUCUUUCAAGUCGUUUUUGCCCUGUUCAAACCAUUUUUACGCGAGAAGCUACGCAAUCGCAUUUAUUUCCACGGAACGGAUCGGCAAUCGCUACACAACUAUAUGUCGCCGAAAUGCUUGCCGGCCAAUUACGGUGGUACAUUGUCGGAGCCGAGAGUGAAUGGUGAUCAGUGGUACGAAUUAUUGCUGAAAUGUGAUGUGGAAUAUGAAGCAAUCAAUUCGUACGGAUACAAUAAGAAUGGGAUCAAGAAAAAGUAGGAAAAGUGCGUGGAAUAUGUGUUGUUUGUGUAGUGUGGCGUUGACGAAUCAAGUAAAAUUAAAUUCCUAAACGAGUACCAUCACAUCAAUUUAAGUUAUUUUCUAGUUGUAAAUGAUGAAACCGUUAUAGUUUGUUAAGGGGAAAGUUUCGUUUUAAGUUAGCCUUUAGUCGAAACAUGGUGAUAUAAACAAUUAAAAUUCUCAUUUUUAGGUUGAGUGAAAUUUCCAAAAUAUUUUCCAAUGAAUAGUGGAACGUG